AUGGCGAGCGUCAAGGAUACCGUUAAGGAAACGCUGGUCGGCAGCACAGAGGCCCCCGAGCUGUCACACCAGGCCCGCUCCAACUUCUUGCGCCACGCGCAGAAGGAUGAAAAUGGCGAGUUGUUCAUGGCCGAGGAUGAUUUCAUUAAUGCCGUUGCUCCUAAGCAGGAGGACUAUCACAAAAUCAAGCGCGAGCAAUAUGGCAUCCUCUUCCGAGUGGCAGACCGACGGAGAUCCGGCAAGCUGAGCCUGUCCGACUGGGCUACCUUCGAGAACCUCCUUGCGAAGCCCGAUGCAGAGUACGAGAUUGCGUUCCGCCUGUUCGACCUCGACGGCAGCGGUACCGUGAAAUGGGAGACCGUCAAAGGAAUGUAUAAUUUGACCAAGAGUGCCGACAGCAUCCCCUUCGACUGGAACUCAGAAUGGGCCUCUUUGUAUACCGGCCGCACCAAGUCGCGCCACGAUAUGACCUACCCCCAAUUCUCCCAGAUGCUGCGCGGCCUGCAGGGCGAGCGCAUCCGUCAGGCCUUCCACAUCUUCGACAAAGACGGCGAUGGCUACAUUGAGCCCGAGGACUUCCAGCGCAUCAUCCUGGAGACCUCCCAGCACAAGCUCUCCGACCACCUGCUCGAGAACCUGCCUACUCUGUGCAACAUUUCGACUAGCAACAAGAUCUCCUACGCCAUCGUCCGCGCUUUCCAGAACAUUAUGCGCGAGAUGGACAUUAUCGAUCUGAUCGUCCGUGAGGCCACCCUCAAGAGCGGCGACGGCAAGAUCACCCGCUCCGAUUUCCUGAACGAGGCCGCCCGUGUCACCCGCUUCUCCCUGUUCACCCCCUUGGAGGCGGACAUUCUCUUCCACUUUGCUGGUCUGGAUGCGCCCUCCGGCCGUCUGUCCCAAAAGGACUUUGCUAAGGUCAUUGACGCCUCAUGGCGCAUCCCUAUCGCAGUCGCGGGCCAGGCGGCAGAGGCGGCAGCCGCAAAGACCAAGAGCUUCCUGCACGGUCUGUUGGAGUCGGCGCACCACUUUGCUCUGGGUAGUUUGGCCGGUGCUUUCGGUGCCUUUAUGGUGUACCCUAUUGAUCUGGUCAAGACCCGUAUGCAGAACCAGCGGUCCAGUCUCCCCGGUGAACGCCUCUACAACAACUCCCUCGACUGCGCGAGGAAGGUUAUCCGGAACGAGGGUUUCCUUGGCCUGUACUCGGGUGUUAUCCCGCAGUUGAUCGGUGUCGCCCCGGAGAAGGCUAUCAAGCUGACCGUCAACGAUCUCGUUCGUGGCACCUUCACGGACAAGGAUACUGGCAAGAUCUGGUAUGCUCAUGAGAUUCUCGCUGGUGGUACUGCCGGUGCUUGUCAAGUGGUUUUCACCAAUCCUCUGGAGAUUGUCAAGAUUCGUCUGCAGGUCCAGGGUGAGAUUGCCAAGAACGUCGAGGGAGCUCCUCGCCGCUCUGCCCUCUGGAUCGUGAAGAACCUCGGUCUCGUGGGUCUAUACAAGGGUGCCAGCGCCUGUCUACUUCGUGAUGUGCCUUUCUCCGCCAUCUACUUCCCCACAUACGCCCACCUGAAGUCCGACUUCUUCGGCGAAACCGCCACCAACAAGCUGGGCGUCGUUCAACUCCUGACUGCCGGUGCCAUCGCCGGUAUGCCCGCCGCCUACCUGACCACCCCCUGCGACGUGAUCAAGACCCGUCUGCAGGUCGAAGCCCGCAAGGGUGAGACGAAAUACACCGGUCUGCGCCACUGCGCCACAACGGUGUGGAAGGAGGAAGGUCUCAAGGCCUUCUUCAAGGGUGGUCCAGCCCGUAUCCUGCGUUCCUCACCGCAGUUCGGUUUCACCCUGGCCGCCUACGAAGUCCUCCAGAAGAUGCUCCCCCUGCCCGGCGCCGAACACGAGGUCUCCCCCACCGGCCAGGUCGAGCCCGGCGUCGGUCUCCAGGGUGCCAAGGCUCCCCUGCCUUACCUCCGCUCAAGGAACGCGCUGAAGCUCAUCCUGGAUGUGGACCAGAACAUCGGCCGAGUGCAGGUCCCUCGCUCCGAGAACUGGCCCAAAUUCAUGCAGGCUUCUAAGCAGUGA